AUGGAAAAGAACGAGGAGGAUGAGAACCGGCGUUUCCGAAAAUUCAUCGUCGAGAUAAGCGUUCUUUUGAAUGAUCGCAUAAAAAAGGGCUGCGAUAAAAUUCAGUUUAGAGAUUUCGAAAGAGAUUAUGAGGAACGAAUCGGAAAAAUCUUCAAAAAACGAAUGGAGCAUUUUGCGAAAUCGUAUCCGGCCAUCACACUAACGAAAUUGCUCAACGCGAUUCCGAAAAAUUUGCACACGUUUAAAAUUGAAACUGAUGAGAAUGGAAUUCAAUGGAUAAUUGCGAAUUCAAAAAAUACGACAGCAGUCAGUGAAGAUCCGACAUAUAACGCUUACGAGGAAACGAUUGGCUCGAGAAUCGUGUUCUCGCUUCCCACGUGGCCAUGGGCGACGAACGCGUUUCGCGAGAAUGAGCGCGAGAAAUACGAGUUGGCGAUUUCGCGUCGAGACCCGAUCGAGUGUUGGAAAUUGGCCAGAGAAUGGUGGGGUCCGCAUGUGCCGAAACUCUCGCAGCUACUCCUAAUUUUGAAGAGAGUCGGAUGUGAGAGAAUUGAGUUGACGAGAUUGGAUUCAUAUUUGUCGAAAGCCGCUCCACCCGUCUGGUGCGGUGAUUCGAAGACGUAUGAAUGCAAUUAUGAAGUGUUUGGCGUCAGCAAAUCGAAAUUGGCCCAGCUCAAUUUGCUCGUGCGUUGUGAUGCGAAAAAUCGAAACUUGGUUACAAUUAACAAAAUUAUUCAUUUUAUUGAAUUUCGCGAGAUUUCCAAUCCACUAACCGCGUACAUUUAUGACUAUGCGCUGAAUUACCCGGGAGCGACUAGUGACGAGAUUUCUGAGAUGUUGUUCCAUCAUGGCUUCAAGCUGGGAACUAGCGAAGAAGGCUGUCGAAAUGUGCUGAAAGAGGCGUUAAACGAUCCGGAGAAUUUUGUCGUCGAGCGUCGCCGAAUUCACGCGAGACUGUAUGACGAUCACGCCGUUGUUCCGAUGUUCUUCUCGCCGUACAAUGAUGAUAUCAAUACUAAUUGUGUGCACUAG